GAUACCCUCGCUACCCUGCCAUCGAAGUGGAAUCGAAUUGAAAAACUCAACCGCUGUUCGUUCCAUCCGUUAUUAAAUCCGCAUAAUUUGUAAUCAAUAUUAUCGGCCAAGCACCAACAAAUACCUGGCACAUCGCGGAGUCAUUAAGUAGAGUGCAUUUUUGUGGUUCUCUAAAGUGAAUUUUUCAAGUGUGAAGUGGAGUUGGGGACUGGGGGGCUUGUUUACAAGGAGCAACAAUCAGUAGAGUAAACAUCGCGGGGAAUUUCUCAAUUGAACAGAACAUCUGCGGCUAUUUUCGGAAUUCAUUUAUUUAAACAGAGCAACAACUGCAGCAGCAGCAGAAGCGUCGGCGUUUCGAUCCGCUGCGUAAUCUGCGCCGCAUCUUUCGGCGUCGCACCAUCAACAGCUCUGCGGACAGCCCGUCUCCAGCACCUAGACCCGGACCCGGACCUGGACCUAGACCUGGCUCUGCAACACCUUGCCGCCGCCGGCCAGCAGCUCCAGCGAGAAGAAUCUGCGCAGUGUUAGCGCGUCACCCGCCUCCUCGGCCGCCGCCUCCUCGCCGGGCUCCCCGCUGAACCAGCAGUCGCUGGGCGAGAGCUACCAGACGCAGUCGCUGCCCAAGUCCAAGUCCUACGGCUUGCACCGCGAUGAGCUGCUGAGCGUGCUCCUGGGCAAGAAAAGGGCCAGCAAACAGGCGCAGCACAACUCCGAACAGCAGCAACAGCAACAGCAGCAGCAGCAGGAUUUCCCGGCGGACGCCAUGUACCAGACACAGCGCCAGCGUCAGCUGGGCGUGGCCGUCUUCCCCGAGACGCGCAGCCUGAGCCGCAGCAGCUACUUCUCGGAGCAGCGGCACCAGCAGCGACACCUGCGCAGCGUCGGCGACUCCACGCAGGAACUGGGGGGGGAGCGGGAGGGCAACGCUAGCACGGGGGGCGGCGAUGGGGCCGCCGACAUCUCCGACAGCCAGCGCAGUCUCAGCGAGGGCCGUCUCUUGGACGUCGACGGGGACUUCUCUCGUGAGACUCUUUCGCAGUCACACGACAGCGUCUUCUCCGAAUCGGCGACGGCCUGCAGCCUAUCGAUUGUCCUGAAGGUAAGUCGGUUCUAGGAACUAACCAGAGGACUCCUCCUCUAGUCUUUCAAACUCUAUCUAUUAAAACUAUAAAAGCAGAGGAUAUCACACUAA